CCCGCGCCCCGGCCAGCCCAACCGCCACGCUGGAGGAGCGCCGGAGGACCGAGCCCCGGAGAAUGGAGGAUGAGGCGGUGCUGGACAGAGGGGCUUCCUUCCUUAAGCAUGUAUGCGACGAAGAAGAAGUGGAAGGCCAUCACACUGUCUACAUCGGGGUCCAUGUGCCUAAGAGCUAUAGGAGAAGGAGACGCCACAGAAGAAAACCUGGGCUAAAGGAGAAGAAGGAAAGAGAAAAAAUCUCUGAGUACUACUCCGACAAAUCAGAUGUAGAAAAUGCGGAUGAGACGAGCAGCGGCAUCCUUAAACCACUCAUCUCCCCCGCUGCCGAGCGAAUCCGCUUCAUUUUGGGUGAAGAAGAUGACAGCCCUGCACCCCCUCAGCUCUUCACCGAACUGGACGAGCUUCUGGCUGUUGAUGGACAAGAGAUGGAGUGGAAGGAGACGGCAAGGUGGAUAAAGUUUGAAGAGAAAGUGGAACAGGGCGGAGAGAGAUGGAGCAAGCCUCAUGUCGCGACGUUGUCCCUGCACAGCUUGUUCGAACUGAGGACGUGUAUAGAGAAAGGAUCCAUCCUGCUUGAUUUGGAGGCCACUUCUCUCCCUCAGGUAGUGGAGAUGGUUGUUGACAAUCAAAUUGAGACGGGCCUGUUGAAACUAGACAUGAAGGACAAGGUCACCUACACGCUGCUCAGGAAGCACCGGCACCAGACCAAGAAAUCCAACCUACGCUCUCUGGCUGACAUCGGGAAGACCGUCUCCAGUGCAAGUAGGAUGUUUACCAACCCUGAUAAUGCACGCAGCCCACUUGAGAGUUCUGUGCCCUGCCUAGCAACCCGCACGUUGGAUGAUGAAAUCCGAGUGCAGCGCAGCCCCAGCGUGGGAUGGCUAAGCAGUCCAGCCAUGACUCAUAGAAACCUGACUUCCACCAGUCUGAAUGACAUCUCUGACAAACCUGACAAAGAGCAGCUGAAGAAUAAAUUUAUGAAGAAAUUGCCCCGUGAUGCUGAGGCCUCCAAUGUGUUGGUUGGUGAGGUAGACUUCUUGGAAAACCCUUUCAUUGCCUUCGUCCGGCUGCAGCAGGCAGUUAUGCUGGGUGCUCUGACUGAAGUCCCCGUUCCUACCCGAUUCCUAUUCAUUUUGCUGGGUCCGAAGGGAAAAGCGAAGUCCUACCAUGAGAUCGGUCGAUCCAUUGCCACUUUGAUGUCCGAUGAGGUGUUCCAUGACAUUGCCUAUAAAGCCAAAGACAGGCAGGACCUGAUUGCUGGAAUCGAUGAGUUUCUGGAUGAAGUCAUUGUGCUUCCACCUGGGGAGUGGGACCCUGCCAUCAGGAUAGAGCCCCCCAAAUCUCUCCCAUCUUCUGAUAAAAGGAAAAACAUGUAUUCGGGUGCGGAGAACAUACAGAUGAAUGGAGACACGCCUCAUGAUGGGGGCCAUGGAGGUGGGGGCCACGGUGACACUGAAGAACUACAACGAACUGGCAGAUUUUGUGGUGGUUUAGUCAAAGACAUAAAGAGGAAAAUACCUUUCUUCGCCAGUGACUUCUAUGAUGCUUUAAAUAUCCAAGCUCUUUCAGCCAUUCUCUUCAUCUACCUGGCCACAGUGACCAAUGCUAUCACUUUUGGAGGUCUGCUUGGUGACGCUACGGACAACAUGCAGGGCGUGUUGGAGAGCUUUCUGGGCACAGCAGUCACUGGAGCGGUCUUUUGCCUUUUUGCUGGUCAGCCACUCACAAUUCUGAGCAGCACAGGACCUGUCCUUGUCUUUGAAAGACUCCUGUUUAAUUUCAGCAAAGACCAUGACUUUGAUUACUUGGAGUUCCGUCUCUGGAUUGGCCUGUGGUCAGCCUUCCAGUGUCUUGUUCUGGUUGCUACUGAUGCCAGCUUCCUGGUCAAAUACUUCACCCGCUUCACAGAAGAGGGAUUUUCCUCCCUGAUCAGCUUCAUCUUCAUUUAUGAUGCUUUCAAGAAGAUGAUCAAGUUAGCAGACUAUUACCCAAUCAAUUCCCAUUUUAAAGUGGACUAUAUCACAUUUUACUCCUGUGUCUGCAUGCCACCAGAGCCAGAUAAUAGUUCAGUAUUUAAUGAGACAACAGCAGCGUCAGUUGAUUGGCUGACCAGUUCCUCUGCUGAGAAGUACAAUAACACGAUCGACUGGCCAUCUCUGACAAAGAAGGAGUGCUGGAAAUAUGGAGGCUACCUUGUGGGCAACAACUGCAACUACGUCCCUGACAUCACCCUCAUGUCUUUUAUCCUCUUCUUUGGCACCUACACCUGCUCCAUGGCCCUGAAGAAAUUCAAAGCCAGCCGUUAUUUCCCAACUACUGCCAGGAAGCUCAUCAGUGACUUUGCCAUUAUCUUGUCCAUUCUGAUUUUCUGUGGAAUAGAUGCCCUAGUAGGUGUGGAUACACCGAAACUAAUUGUGCCAAGUGAAUUCAAGCCAACCAGUCCCCACAGAGGCUGGUUCGUCCCACCCUUCGGAGGGAACCCCUGGUGGGUGUACCUUGCAGCAGCCAUCCCUGCGCUGCUUGUGACCAUUCUCAUCUUCAUGGACCAGCAAAUCACAGCCGUCAUCGUCAACAGGAAAGAGCACAAGCUCAAGAAAGGUGCUGGCUAUCAUCUGGAUUUGUUUUGGGUGGCUGUUCUGAUGAUUAUAUGUUCCUUCAUGGCCCUGCCCUGGUACGUUGCUGCUACUGUGAUCUCCAUUGCCCACAUCGAUAGCUUGAAGAUGGAGACUGAGACCUCAGCACCUGGAGAACAACCCAAGUUUCUGGGAGUGAGGGAGCAGAGAGUCACUGGAAUCAUUGUAUUCAUUCUCACUGGUGUGUCAGUCUUCAUGGCUCCCAUCUUGAAGUUUAUACCUAUGCCUGUGCUCUAUGGAGUGUUCCUAUACAUGGGUGUUGCUUCCCUUAAUGGAGUGCAGUUCAUGGAUCGUCUGAAGCUGCUUCUGAUGCCUCUGAAACAUCAGCCUGACUUCAUUUAUCUGCGUCACGUCCCGCUGCGCCGGGUCCACCUGUUCACGUUCCUGCAGGUGGUGUGUCUGGCCCUCCUCUGGAUCCUCAAGUCAACUGUGGCUGCUAUAAUCUUCCCAGUCAUGAUCCUGGCGCUUGUGGCAGUCAGAAAAGCCAUGGACUACCUCUUCUCCCAGCAUGACCUCAGUUUCCUUGACGACGUCAUUCCAGAAAAGGACAAGAAGAAGAAAGAGGAUGAGAAGAAGAAGAAGAAAAAGAAGGGCAGUCUGGAUAGUGACAAUGACGAUUCCGACUGCCCCUACUCAGAAAAUGUCCCAAGUAUUAAAAUUCCAAUGGACAUCAUGGAACAGGAACCUUUCCUAAGUGAUAGCAAACCUUCCGACAGAGAAAAAUCACCAACAUUCCUUGAACGCCAUACAUCGUGCUGAUAAAAUUCCUUUCCUUCAGUCACACACUAUGCCAAGCCCUCCACGAACUCCAGUGAAAGUUGUGCCUCAAAUUAGAAUAGAACUUGAGCCUGAAGACAAUGGUUAUUUCUGGAGGAGCAGGGGAACAGAAACUACUUUGUAACUUUUUUUUGUUUGUUAAACUUAUACUGAACGUUUUUUUUGUCACCAGCCAAAUAUUAAAAUGCUCUCUGCUUCCCUGCCGCAUAGGUAAAUCUGAGACACACUGUACCUUCCCUCUACCUUUCUCACCCAGUUUUUCCACUCACCAACAUUCGUUUUUGCCUUCUGUCACUCAGACACACACGCAUCUCUCAUAUUUUUUAAGCAGAGGGCAGAAGUAUUAAGGAUAUAUUAUAAAUACCGUUGUGAAAUGUCAGAGGAACUGACAUUACCUUAGUUGUGAAUCAGUGUUUGUUUUUCUUUUUUCUGUCUGGCAGAACAAAACUGACCUCCAGGCUAAUUCAAUGUCUUUACUACACUACUGGAAAGUGCUGCUAUACUAACUUGCUCUUAAAGUCUAUACUUGUAGUGUCAAGAGAAGGAAAACUUAAAGGUACUUCAC